AUGGCCUUGCUUAUCGCGGGUGCCAGUCUCAAAGUGCGAGACGAAAACGGGCGGACUCCCCUCAUACGGGCUGUUAUGAACGAAAUGCCUGACUCUAUAAUAUCCCUGAUGCUGGAAUUCGGAGCUUCUGUCCAGACCAAAGACAGACAAACGAACAUGGCUCUUCAUCAUGCGGCGAUGAAGGCCCCUUCGGAAGAAAUGGGUAAUAUUAAUACAAUCAGGGUCUUGCUAGCCCAUGGCGCCGACCAGAGCCUUAAGAACAAGAGGGGACGUGCCCCUUUGCACGAAGCCGUCUUGUUUGAGUGCUUCGACCGAGCUCGGGAGUUCUUGGAUUAUGGAGCAGACUUGGAAAUAACGGAUAAUAAUGGGUGGACUCCCUUACUUUGUGCAGUCACCAAGGGGAAUUCGGCAUUGACAAAGCUUCUAUGUGAUCGGGGCGCUAUUGUUGACAAGAAAGAUAAAAAUGGACAUACGGCCCUUCACUACGCCAUCUCCCGAGGAUCUGAGGAAAUUUCUAAGGUUUUGCUAGAUGCUAGGGCGGAUGUGAACCUCAUCUCGAAAGGUGAAACUCCCCUCUGUCGAGCAACGUCCAAGUCAAACCUGUCACUCGUUAAGCUCUUUCUAGAAUACGGUGCCGACGUUAAUUUGCCAUCGCCUGGCUACUACGGUGCCCUGCCAGUACACGUUGCUGCCAUGGGAGAGACGUAG